AGAAAAGAAGUGAAAUAUAUUUUACAUCAUUGUCAUAGUUGAGAAUAUGGUGGAUAUUUUGCAGCCUUUAAAAGAAUGUUAAAAAUUCUACAAGCAGUAUUAUAUCCAAAGAUGUUCACAAUUUUGUCUCGACUUACGAUAUUUGCCAAAGGAAAAGUCUCAUAUAUUGGAAGUCAAUUCUCUCGAAACCUUUUGAAAGAUCAAAAUCUGGCUAGUUCCCCACUCAACGGUUGGAGAUGGUUUCCGGCAAACCUCAACAACCCCUCUAUGUGUCCAGACCCUAUGAUAGCGGAUCGAAAAUCCACAGUUGCUUACAAGUCCCGAUCUGGAGUACCAUGCACAGAUGAGAUUCAUCUCUUCCUGGUUUCGUCGAUGGCAGGAGCGAUCUCUCUUGGACCAUCUAUUGCACCUUGCCAGGAGGAGACGCGGACGGCGCACGGCGAGAUUCUUUUCAGGGUCAUGGUUUCCUCUCCUAAUUGGAUCUCCGCUCCAACCGCACACCACCGCCAUAACUUGGCGGGGAUGAACGUGCUUCCUUCAGAGACAUGCCAUCCACCGCAAAUCGUCAUGCUCUCUCCGAUCUGCCGCCGCCCACAAAUCUGCCUUUGGACAACAAAUGAAACCCUAGGGUUUUCUUUGAUGGACCUGAAACCUGAAGUCGGCCCAUUAGCAGUCAUCAAGCCUCAGCCCACUACGAAAAAAUGCAGCUUCAAAGGAAGCCUCUACUGCUCCAAAGUUCAAAAAGUUUCUUGAGAUGGUUUAUGCACUACUUCGAGUAGCUCCUCUCGUGCCGGCGAGAAGCAUAACCGCAGCAAACUUAUCAACGUCAUAUAGUCAAUGUUUGACAAUGACCAUUGUGUCUACCAUGGAUAUACUCAUGGAAGAUCUUUCAACAAACCUUGAUCUCUCAUGGGUCAAACUCUCUUGGUAUUGUGAUGAAUGAAAUCAAAUAUUGGUGUUUCAAAAAAAAAAAGAAUCAAAUUAUUGUUCAAAGUGUCGACCAAGUGGAUGACCCAAAAUUUGCCAAAAAAAAAACAUUCUUUUUGGUUCAAUAAUGAAGGUAAUUUGGUGAGGAUCCAAAUAGGCAGAGGGCUUCCACUUGAAUGUUCUGUUGAUGGGUGAAUUGAAGGGCGCACCACACAGUUGUAACAUAAUUGUGAUAAAGCCUACUGUUCUAAGCUAUGAAAGCAGCACACAAUAGCC